AUGCCAUCCUCAGCAGGCCACGCACACUCCAUGUCCGAAACCACCGACCCUGCCGACCUCGUGCUAUCGACCCCCCAGUCCCUGAGCCGCGCCGUCUACGCGCGCCGCGCCGAGUACACCAGGCCUCGUCGCAUAAAGCUCAAGGUUGGCUCCUGGAAUGUUGCCGCCUGCCCUGGCACAGACAAAGACCUGGCAGCUUGGUUUAUUGAUGGCAAGGGCAUUGACGGCAAUUUGGCCUCCCCUGGCCUCCCUCACAGUCCCGCCGUGGAGGCACAGGACUCAGAGGGCACCACAAACCAAUCCUCGGGCUCAACGCGUGUGCUGGGAGGGGACAAGAUCGACCUUUAUAUUUUAGGCCUGCAGGAAGUCGUUACUCUCAACCCCGUAACCCAGUAUGUCUACUCGGACACGAACCCCACCGACAAGUGGCGGCUGGCUCUUGAGGCUGCCCUCCCGGAGGGCUAUCAGUUCGUUGGCUCAGAGCAAAUGUCCGGGCUCCUCCUUCUGAUGUACGCCUCUCCUGGGUUGGCGCCUUGUAUUGCGAACAUCAGCACCAAGGCUGUCGGAACGGGCGUUGGCGGCUGGUUUGGGAACAAAGGCGCGACGGCAGCCCGCAUUGUCCUCGGGGAGACCACCAGAAUCGUCUUUGUUAAUUCGCACCUGUCCAGUGGCAACGACCCUGCCACCGUCGAACGCCGCUGUUGGGACGCCAGGACCAUUCUGGACAGGACCCGUUUUGACCCUGUGAUCAUUCCCGGGAGCGACGAGCAAGACGACGAGGACAGAAUUGGGAAUGAGGACUUUGCUUUCUGGUUCGGCGACUUGAACUUUAGGCUGGAUGGCAUACCCGGUGACGACAUCCGCCGGUUGCUGACGCUCCACUCGAAGGGCGAGUAUGACGUGGGCAGACCCAAAUCACAGGACCUGGACGGUGAGGAGGCAAUCAUUGUGACGAGGACUUCCGACAGUAGCGAUGACCAGACAGACGAUGCUUCUGGGAGGACCCGUUCGACCGAGCAGAGCAGUGAUGACGAGUCCUUGUCCCUCCCCGACCCUGAUGACUUCGAUCCGGACCCUCACGAAGACCCUGCAUCUCUCCAGGCGACUUUAGACUCGUUACUGCCACAUGACCAGCUUCUGCGGGUCAGAAAGGAGGGCAAAUUAUUUUACGACGGCUGGCACGAAGGCCCAAUCACCUUUUUGCCAUCCUACAAGUACGACGUGGGCACAGUCGGUCUGUUUGAUUCUAGCGAGAAGAAGAGAGCUCCCAGCUGGUGCGAUCGGAUCAUGUACCGGACCAAAAGAGACAAACAAGAGUACGAGAGGAAGCUCAAGGAGGAAGAAGAAGCGCGGAAACGAGACGAGGAGAUGACGUCUCGCGGUAUUGAUCAUGCUGGGGACGAUGACGAGGUUUUGUUUGACUACGACCCUGAAAGCGACGGUGACACGGCACCUGCUGGAAAGCCCGGUUUGGAUUAUGAUGAGUAUGAUGAGGAUGGUGACGAUACGGCCGCGGACGCGGUUGUAGCGGAUGCCCUGGACCGGGUCAAUUUGAACCUUUAUACCACCCACCAACGAAUAACAUCCUCCGACCAUAAGCCUCUUGUGGCUGUCUUUGAGCUCGAAUUUGAUGCAGUCAUUCCAGAACUCAAGGCCGACAUCUACGCUCAAGUGGCCCGGGAGCUGGACCGCGCCGAGAACGAAGGCCGUCCAUCCAUCACCAUCGUCAGGGAAGGACAGGAAUCCGGCCACGACCUGGUUGAUUUCGGCCAGAUCAGCUUCAUGCAGAGGCAGGCCGCCUACUUCACGAUAGCAAACACUGGAGGGGUUCCGGCCACGAUCAGCUUCGUUGAGAGGCCAAGUGGUGGAGGCACAGAGGGUGACGGGGCAGAUCUGGCCCACUGGCUCACGUCCUCGCUCGACCAAACACUGUCGGGCGACGAUACCAACGGAGGCAAUCCCGAGGAUGUUGGAAAGGACGUGAUUCUGGAGCCAGGCGAGACGGUGAAUGCCACGCUGGGGCUGUGCAUCGAUAAGGUGUCGCAGGCCAGAAUGCUGAACGAGGGCCGAGGGAAGCUGGAGGAGGUGGUUGUGCUUCGAGUCGCGCAAGGCAGAGACCACUUCUUGCCAGUCCGGGCUACCUGGGCCCCUACCUGCGUUGGCAGGUCGAUUGACGAGCUCAUACGGGUUCCUGACGGCGGGGUCCGGGCAUUUGUUACUUCCUUGGCUCGCGAGAAAGGGCGGGCAAGUCCAAGCGCCAUUCCCCCCGCCCUUGAUGUCCAUCGGUCUGCACCGAAGGAGCUGUUCAAGCUGGUCGAUGCAGUUGAGAUGCUGACGGACCGGACGUUGGCAGAGGAGGAGAUGCUUGAAGCCUACAACGUGCCCAGGGACAAGCCAGGGUGGCCGUUCGAGGACCCUGUCGCGCGGCCUCGUGCGGGCCUUGUCUCCAGCGUCAUCGAGGCCCUGGACAAAGAUCAGCCGAUCGCCGACGCAUUCCCUCCCGAGGCAGACCCCUGCCAGCGGCUAGAGGCCGUGGCAAAAGCUCUACUUCUAUUCCUACAGGGCCUGACGGACGGCAUCUUAAAUCCGUCUCUAUGGGCCAAGGUCGAACAGGCGCCCAUACGGGCGCUUGGACAGGGGACGGCUGCAAAAGGCUCAUCUCAUGAUUCCACCGAAGACGACAAGUCUAACAUCCUCGACAUCCUCAUGACCGCACCCAACCACAAUAUUUGCUUUGUGUUCUUGACCACUACCCUUGCAAAAGUCAUUGGUGAACUGGCACCGCUGAAGAAGAGCGAGGUCGAUGCGCUCAGUGCUGCUGGGUCCAGCCAUCAGGCGGGCGGCGGCGGCGGUAUGGGUGCCAUCGGAGGAGCGCUGAGCCGCAGAUCGAUGAGCCUCCGGCGCAGUAUGACUGGGGGUGCUUCGUCUGGAGCGGCGGCAACGCCAGUGGUAGAGGCUGUUGCGUCGCUGGAAAGGCGGAAGGCCAGGGAACGUAGAGUAGCACAGAUCUUCGGGCCUGUUGCCUGUCGGACGGAAACGCCGCUCAGGGAUAAGGAGCGCAGGGUGCUGGAGGAGAAGCAAAAGACUGUUGUGGAGCUGUUCCUGCGUAGGAGGGAGGGCCACUAG